AGAUAUGUGUCAGUGAUAUCCUGCUUGCGCUGUUUAGUGUGACAACUACAAAGUUAGGUUAGAUACUCGAACGCAUUCGUCUCAUUCAGCAACGUUAAUUGACUCUUUGCAAAUAAAAAUGGUAAAGUGCAUUGUACCAGGAUGUUUCACAACAAAUUCUUCAGAGAAAUGUAAAAAUAAAUUUCAAAAAGUAUUGGAACAAAAUAUAAAAAUUAGUUUCCACAGGUUACCAAAAGAUGCAAAUAGAAGAGCAUUAUGGCUUAAAAAUAUUGGAUUAAGUGAAAACACUAACUUGAAAAAACAUGCAUCAAUUUGUUCUUUACAUUUUAAAGAAGAAGAUAUAAACAGGACAUUAGAUAAAAUUUUUUUACGCGAAAAUGCUGUGCCUUGUGUAGAAGCUUUUGUUGAUGACACACACAAUAAUAGAAACGAACAAGAAAACAUUAAAAAUCAACAGAAUUAUUUAAAUUUAUCGUUUUCUUCUACUGAUUAUAAUUCAGAUCAACUUUCAUAUUUAGAAACCUCAUUUUCAUCAAUUGAUACACAUAGUACAAAAAAAUUAAAUACAGGGAAUAAAAUACAGGGAAUACAGAUAAAUAACAAUAAUUUUCAAAAACAAAGUAUUUCCAUGACUGAUGAAAUGCUUCUUGAUGAAUCCACUGGAGAAUUAACUGUAAAAGAACAACCUUUGUUAACUGAUAAAUUUCAAGAUUGCACUGUUAUAGUCGAUGAAAAGUCUUUUAUUGAUAGGUGUACUUCUCCAAUAAAUUUAUCUGAAAAUUCAAUAGUGAAAGUUCAUCGUUCGACAUCUGUUAAUCCUGAACAUUUUCAAGAUGACAAAGAUGAUACUAUCAAAUUUUUGAAAGCUUCUUUGGAAGAAUAUAAACAAAAAUCUCAACAAAUAAUUAAACGUUUGAAACGCAAAAUAAAACAAAAAUCUAAAGCAGAUUUUGAUACUGUUAUGGUAUCUUUAAAAUCAAAAUUAGAUGAGAAUCACUUAGAUAUUUUAAAGCAAAUAGGUAAGUCUAAUAAAGAUUUUUUAAAAAGAAUAAUUUUGAAAUCUAAUAACAAUAAAGUUAAUAAACAAUACAGCCCCGAAUUAAGGUCAUUUGCAUUAACUUUAAAUUAUUACAGUCCGAAAGCUUAUAAUUAUGUAAGAAACAAAUUUGAUUGCAUUUUACCUCAUCCAAAAACAUUAUAUAAAUGGUACACUUCUAUAAAUGGAACUCCCGGUUUCAUUAAUUAAUAUGACCACGCCAUUAAUCAAACAUGUAUUACCUGAAAUAAAUAACAGAGAAGAUGGAAGCAUAAUUGACAAAAAUAUUGAUAGGGAUACAGAAAGAUUAUUAACGUUAAUUCAGAAUUUUGACACGCACUCACAUGUAAUACAUCCAUGUACUGUAUCAGAGGUUGCUGAAACAAUUAUUUCUUACAUAGCAGGUUCUAUUGUUCGAUCUUUACAGAGAGAAAUAAAAUGUGAAUAUUGUUUAAAAGCUUUAGAAAGUUCUACAUCAUCAAAUUCGUCUUUAAUUUCAAUAAAAAGUAGAGGAUUUUUAAU